AAGAUUCCGUAUUUUUAUUAUCCUUUAUAUGCUCCAAGUAGAGACAAUGUACUCCAAUAAUUGAAUUCAACGCAGACAAAAUCAGCCACAAAACCACCGAAGCAUCUCUCUCUUUCACGCAGUGAUGGAGACUCCGCCGUCUCUCCGCCGCAGAAACUCCAUAGCCGCCACGGUUGCGACCCCUUUUCCGAUUGCGUCUUCUUCACCACCGUCAACGCUCGAUCUCGAGCUCACCUCUCUGAAAUCUUGCUCCUCCUUCGUCGCAUACACUUCUCUCCGGGACCUUAUCUCUUCUCCGACGGCCUCUAUCUACUCUCCGGUGGCCAACGGCGGCGGGCCCGUCGGAGAGAUCUCGAUCCGAAACCGCCUCGUCAAGCAGGCUGCUUGGUCGUACCUCCAGCCGACGGCGAUCGCUUCCUCGCCGGGUCCCUACGGUUCGCAGCUCCUCCAACGCGUGUGGGUCCACUUCUCCGCCGGUCUACGGUUCCUCAGCCGCAUGGUCGACUGGAUUUUUGGGUCGAUUCGGAAUCCUCUAGCGGUGAAAGAGCUUUUCCGGUGAAAAUCUCCAGCGAAUGUUCCGGGGAGAAAAAGGGGUAAAUACUGAAGAUUGAAGAUGCUUGCACACAAAAUUGUGUUUGUAUCCAAGGAAAAGUGUAACAAGAUUGAAUGAUUUGAAGGAAAGGAAAUCAAUUUCUGAAAUCUUUGAUUUCUUUUUUUUAAAUCUUUGAUUUCUUCAUGGGAUCUAAAUUGUGCAGAAGAAAAGUUUUAUCCCUGAAGGUGUUAUUGUGGUGUGGUUGACGAUGGUUGUCUCUUCCUGAUGUUGCUUGAACCAUUCUGAAACACCCAACGGAGAAACCAGAAUGGGGUUUCAGUUCGGUUUCUCUGUUUUGUCUUUGGUCGGGCAUUUAUCUGUGAUCGAAAAGGAUUGAUUUUGAUUCAGAACCCAAAGGGUGUUCUUCAAAGAAACAAGUUUUUGUGGGCGUGAUGAAUGGAUUUACAAAACCAGAUA